AUGGGGAAUCUUGGAUUCACCACGCCAUUCAACGAGAAUAUUAUGAGAGCAUUUACCCCUCGAAAGGUUAAGGUCCCCCCGAUCGACCAUUAUAACGGGACAACUGAUCCCAUCGACCACCUAGCCGCCUUCAAAGCGCAAAUGAGCGUCCAGACCAGCAGUGAGGCCGCAUGGUGCAAAUUCUUCCCCACCACCCUGAAAGGCCUGGCUCUAACAUGGUUCACCGAGUUGCCUUACAGGAGUAUAUCGAGCUUCACCGCCCUCGAAACAGCGUUCAAACAGAACUUCAUCGCAGGAAUGAGGCAUCGGAAAACCAGCAUUCAUCUCAUGUCAAUCAGACAACGGAGGGAGGAAGACUUGGCAGAUUACAUCAAGAGGUUCAACGCAGAGUCUCUCAAGGUGUCCGACCUACAGGAUAGCGUGGCAUUCACCGCUCUCAUGUCUGGGCUAUACCCUUCGAGUAGGUUCAAACUGAAGCUGGCCGAGAGUGAAGCCUCUUCAUUCUCAGAAGCCAUGAACCUGGCCUAA